AGAGCGGGAAAGAGGAAUAACCAACCAUCGUCUUUCAUCCUCCCCCAACCUAUCAACAACAAGAAAAGAGAGGAAACAUACCAGCACGAGAACAAGCACUUACAUCAUCCCAUCAAUAAAAAACAUGUCCAUCGUGAAAACAAGAAAAUUCACCAAGGACGGACGUUGAUAAAGUUUGAUGUCCCUCGUCCUCCUCCCUCCACAUCUUCUCAUCGAUCAUAUAAAUGCUCCGAAAUCGCACAUGCACAAUAUACGUACGACUGUGCCUCAAACGCGCAGUCGGAAAAACCCUCCCAUGCCAUCCCACCCAUGGAACAAAAAUCCUUCCCGAUUUCAGAAAUUUGUCCGAUGUAUAUAUACAUAUAUAUAUUUAUCUGCUGUACAAGUACAACCACUGUGCCGCCUACACACAGACAAACAAAAAGGCCUUGAAACACUUCCUUCCCACCUUUUCUAGAUCGUUCGAUUGACGUAAUAUAUAUGCUCCAUAUACAUGCAAGCCCUGCUGUGCC